ACUGUCUGUAAAAAGAUGUAACAACAAGACUCUACAAACUUUGCUGCCUGUGUGCGCCAUGGCGAGGACACAGCUCCAUCUACGUUUGGUGGUUCUCAUCGUUUGCAUCGGUACAUCCUUAAGCAUUAGAAUCAGGAACAAGCUGUUGGGGAAGUGUCUGCAAGGAGAGACUGAUGGGAGAGUGGCACUCGGGGAUUGCAGUGUACAUGAGUCCUCCCAGCUGUGGCGAUGGCUUCAAGAGAACCAUGCUUUGCAGAGCCAGCACACAGCUCUGUGUUUAACUGCACCCACUGAGCAAUACGAAGGGGUCCAGCUGCAGCCCUGUGUCUUCAGUGAGCUAUCUGGAGAAUACGAAGAUAAAGGUAUGAGCAGACAGUCAUGGUCCUGCUCCAAAAAAGGCCACCUCACUUUGAUGGGGAAAGGGCUGCAUCUGAGUGCCAUUCAGGAAUCCUCUUUAGUUUUUGUUUCCAUGGAACACAAGCAAGGUAGCAGAUGGAGAGCUCUUGAUAACCAGACACUGUGUGACGAGAGAGGGAGCAUGCAUCACCGGGAGCAACAUAUUCAGUAUCCUGGAAAACCAGUGGAACCUGGCAUAUCUGCUGUGGAUGGGCAAACCCCGUUAUAUGAAGGUUUAAAAGACUCUGAGAUCACAGAGACGUACCCCAUCAAUAAUGUGUCUCUUCCAUCAGUAAACACUAAAUCUGCUGACCCCACCAUGAUAUUCUUUAAUAUGGACUAUGGUAUGGGCUGGAAGAUAACCAUGCUUGUAUUAAGCAGCUUGGCUUUGGUUUUGGGAACUAUUAUCCUCAUCCUUAAUGUGUAUUCUAACAGAAGGAAAAAGGUGGUGUGUGUUUGAAGUCAUAUUCACCAAGGCAAGAAAUGAGUGUCCCUGGUUCCCCGAUGCCUGGUGAAAGAGCACCCCUGACUGAACAUGCUAUGCGCCUCCCACAGUCCACCCCAACUUUGCAGAGAGGAGAGAUCCUUAUUGAAUGGAAGGAUGGCACUGUGACUCCUCUGUAUGAGGCAUGAGGUCCACAACAGGUGGGAUGUGAGAUGGAGAAUAAAAAGUUUUUUUUUUAUUUUUUUUAGUAAGAUUAUUAACAUUAAACUACUGAAGCACUUUUAGUUGUCUUUUUAAAGUUCUAAAAACCAUACCAAUGUAACAUUAUAUAGUUUUAGUUGAGUUUUUUUCUCCCUGUAAACUGAUUAAGAGCUUCAGAAAUAUAGUAUCCCCUUGUGACAGACUUGCCUGGUACUGGCAAUAUUGACUGUAGUAGUUACUUUUAGUAGUAACCUAAUAUUUAGUUUAUUUUACAGUUUAUGUUAAUAAAACAUAGAUUAUCUAUGUUUAUUAAUGUGUUAUAACAUGUCAUAUUUUUGUACAUUUUUAAAAUACUGGGAUGCUUUUGUUACUACAUUACACUUGGUGCUAAAUACACCAAUAAAUAUACCACUGAUAUCAAUUUGGGUAGCCCAUCAAAACAUUUUUUCCUAUCAUCAUCAUUAACCAUAGCAGUGCUUGUAGGACUGUAGUAAAGUUACAAGUUGCAGGAAUGUAUAAUCACAUACAUGUUAGGUUAAUGGAUGGUGGUGAUGGAGGUUCAGCCCAUAGCACGGAAACUUCCCAGCAGGAACCUGUUUACAGCAGCAAAACAGAGGGUGUUUUACUGUCUUUGGGUGAGGCUGCUGUUGCCUAGCAUCUAAUUUGAUCUUUAAGUUUGUAACAUAAAUGAGAAGAAAAGAUAUGAGCACUUCUUUUUAGCCCUAUGGAGUGUUUUUUCUCUUCAUUGGGUAAUAAUUUUGUACAAAAGGAUGUUUCUAACUGAGCUUAACAGUCAAGUGAUCAUAUUUACUUCUCUCCACCAGAUCACACAGUUUUCCGCAUGUCCAGACUCUGGCAGAAGGAAAACUGUGUGGCAGUUCUGUGUGGCAAACAAAGCAGAUUUUCCCCAGAUGUUUUGUAUCAAUAUAAUAGAUUAUAAUAAUACAAGGAUCUCUCAUCAAGGAGUGUCACCAAUUACUGAUCAUGAAUGUUUAUUUCUAAAUUACUUGUUUGUGUUUUUUUGUGUCCAAAACUAUUCUUCAUCAUAAACAUAUGACAUAGCACAUAUAAGCUAAACAUGUACCUACAGUGACUAAAAUCACUUUGCAUGUUUGUUGCGUAUGUGAGCAAAUACAUGUGCUUGUAUGUAUGUAAGCAUGUAUAAGCGUGUGCAUGCGUGUGCAUGUAAAUUAGGCAAUAGAAUAAUUAGCAUAAAAUUGCCUUUUGAUGCACCUUUAGAUGGGGCGGCCACAAAGGCUGUAGGUGGUGUAACCCUGUUUCUCUGAGGUGCACCAUGCUGUGACUGCUCCUCUGGGCUGUAUCUGGGAUGGACCUGGUGUAUGGAGAGCAGCAAAUACCAGGGCUGCAAUAUAAUAUUGAAGAAAACUGUUUGAUGGAUGUCCUAAUUUGGUACACAUUUUAUGCACUUAAUGGUACAAACAAGUAUUUCACAUUACACAAAAUCAAUGCACAAAAACUAAUGCUGGUGCGAAUUAUUGACCUUUACCAGGCUGCAAGAAAACAGCACAGAAUGAUCUACUUUGCAUUUAUCAGAUUGGACAAAUAUCAAAGGUUUAUGCCAAAAUGUAGAGCAUCUGAAGUAUCUGAAAAGAAUGAUCCCAAAAAAGUUAAAUCAAAUAAUAAACUAAAAAAUAUCCUGGAUGUCCAAAUACUGUGCAUUUUUUUCAUUUAUUAUUAUUUGUUUAACAAUGCCAAAUGCUUUUUAAACAACAUUGUAUGUACACAUGUGUACAUGUUAUAGUUAUCCAUUUCAUGUGUGUCUUUUUGAAGGAUGGAUAUUUGUCUUUUCAGCUGGUAGCAUUUACACUAAUGAGAGGCCACAAAGUUUAAUGAGCAGCAAACUGGACUGUGAAAACCACCACAUGCUCCCUGUCUAACCACAGACACACUUUAUCCAAACAGAAAAAAUUUAGAAUCUAUUCCUUUAUUUUUACACUAUAUUUGUCUUUUGCUGCAAUAUUAAAUAUUGUAUAAAGCACUUACAUAUACAGCAUGUACACUUUGUUGUGAGUGCUAGUGUGCAGAUUGAGCAAAAAAAGUUUAAGUCCCCUCAUUAUACUCCAAAAUUGCAUUCGACUAAACAAUAAACAUUUUAAAGUGAAAGGGUGGCAUUUUAACCCCUUUAAAGCUCCUUUUCAGCAUUCUGCAACAAUAAAAACCUUAGCCGUUUUAAUGUCCAAAUACUUAUAUAAUGUGUUGUGCAUGUUUUUACACGUAAGAUGGGAGGGUUUAUACCUCUUUCAAUAAAAUGGGUGUGUUGUUGUAGUCUGACUCAGAAGCCUUCUUACGUACAUGAUCAUUCUGGUU